GAUCCAUUUUGGUGUGGAAUGCGAGUCUAAUAAUUUAUUGCAUGUCAAAGUGAGGAUGACUGUUGUGGAAUGCAAGUCUGCAUGUCAAAGUGAGGAGUGUAGGUCUAAUAAUUUAUGUCCUCAGUUUAAUUUCAAUUUUUAUUAAUUAGCUCCACUUUUGCUGAUAUCAAUAUCAAUGCAUGGUGUGUGGAAAGCAUUUUAGAAUGAGCUGUGAUCUUACUUGCCAUAAAAGCAUCCACACAAGGGAGAAACCACAUGUGUUCUUCAACAUGAAGAUUUAUUGGAAAACUAUUCCAAUUGAAAAACCAGUCUUUCUGAUACUGGAAAAAGUAAUUUCAUAUGCAUGUAGGCCUAAAAACAUUUUUUGGGGCAGUUUUUCACAGCAAUUCUUGUGGCAGAAGCCAAGAAAGUUAAACAGUGUGCCCUCCUUUUUCCGCCCAUUUGUCCUCCUUUCCAAUUGUCCGUGUCCUCCUUUCCCCAUUCAGAGAUCUGGUAAUGCUCUCCACUUGUCAGAGAAGAAGCAAACUGCUGCCUUCUGCAGGCAAUGUUUUUGGAUCUCUGGAGCAGGCCAGGAGCCCCCUAGAGACCCUUCCCAAAAGCUAGGAAACAGCUCAGGAGAGGCUUUCUCCCACCCCAAGAGGAGGGUUUGCACUCCCCAAAUGCCCGGGUGUUAUUUUGUCCCCAACAACCCAAAUGCGGGUUGUACAGGCAUUGCGGGCAGAUUCCAAUAGAGGGCGCUUUCGUCAUCCUGGCGGCAUCUAGCUUCAAUGUGGAAGUGGGCAUACGUGAAAUCCCUUUGCCAGGAGUUCUUCCGGGGACAGGAGGGAGAUCUUUACAAGCGGAGCAGGAAGGGAGAUUGCCUGCUUCCUUCAUGCAGCUCUAGCAGGACCCUUUCUUCACUGAGGCUACAGCAGCGCAGGAAAUUAUUUUCCCUGGGAGAAACAGGCGCAGCUGCACCCCAUCUGAAAGGGCCCCUGACCCCAGAAUCUCUUCCAAAAACUAAGUCCAGCACAAAAUGCAGGGAAACAAAGAAAUCCCACAGAGACCAUUGUAUCAGUGCUCUGGACUGCUGUGCUCCUUCUGACUUUUUUGCCCUUCCAUCUCCAAUUGGGAGCGGAAAGCAUUUUCUUUGGCAGCUAAAGUUGCACUUAUGUAAGGACGGAAAGAGCCCAUCCUGAAGACAAUCGUGCCCCAUGGAUGCAAGUUGCUUUCAAAGCUAGGAGGUACUUUGGGGCUGUUGGGAGCUCAUUAGAGCAGAGAGGAAAGAUGGUCUCCCAAAACCCAGCAGGGGAAGGGAAGGGCCCCCAUGUCAUCCUGGCUGGCACUGGUGGGAAUUUCCAGGAAAGAGCCAGUCUGCACAUGCAAAACCACCCACUGAGGGAGUUGUGCUACGAGGGGGGACCCCGAGAACUUAGCAGCUUCCACCACCGCCUUUGCUGUCAGUGGCUGAGGCCCGAAGAGAACACAAAAGCUCAGAUGCUGGACCUGGUGGUCCUGGAGCAGUUCCUGACCAUCCUGCCCCCAGAGAUGGAGAGCUGGAUUCGAGAAUGUGGAGCGGAGACCAGUUCCCAGGCAGUGUCCCUGGCGGAAGGCUUCCUCCUGAGUCAGGCGGAGGAGAGGAGGGAGGCAGAGCUGCAGGUGAAGGGGCCCAUCUUGGAUGUGACCAGUCAAGGCCAGAGGAGAUGUGUUCAGUGUCCCAAGGCCAGAGGAGAUUUGUUCAGUGUCUCUCAGCAGCCAUUCUGUGUGGGGAUCUCCCAGGGCAAUCCAAGUCAGGAUUCUUCAACAGCGAAUAGGGUGAUGUCCUUGGUAGUUGAAGAAACAUCUCUUUGUGAUGGAGCACAAACAACAGCUGUGCCUCUAAGUAAGUGCCCCGUAACCUUUGAGGAGGUGGCCGUGUAUUUCACUGAAGGGGAGUGGGUUCACUGCUGGAUUGCUACCAAAAGGCCCUGCAUGGGGAAGUCAUGCUGGAGAACUCAAGGAACAUGGUUUCUUCGGACGCCACCCCCUCCAAUCAAUUCUGGGCACUCACAGCAUCAAAACAAAGAGAUGAUGGGGAAGAGAAUGAGAAUUAUACAGAAUGUGGGAUGAUGUCAUUACGAAGAGUCCAGCCUAAACUGAAUGAGGAGGAAUUUCAAAACCAGUUGAGAUCAAAAAAGCAAUCAUACAGUACAGAGGAGAAGCCUUAUAAAUGCAAGGAAUGUGGAAAGAGAUUCAAUAGGUCACGUGCAGUUCUUUGUGAUGACAUCAGAUCUGGCUAUGUAUAAUUCUCAUCAUCUCCUGAAUACAAAUAAAGAAAAUCCCAUUAAAAUACAAGAAUGAGAUAUCAGUCUACCUAAACUGUGUGUCUUCUUUUACUGUCUCUCUCUCUCUCUCUCUUACACACACACGCACACAUUUUUUUCCCCUCUGCUUAGACUUUAAUGAGAUUGAGGUUGUUUUCAUUCUGACUCUGUCACAGACAAUUUAUGACAUCCUUGUUAGGCCAUUCCUGUACUUCAUAAUGGACACAGGCUUGUUCUUAUUCCUAAGUGGGUUCUACUCCAUUUGACUAAGAAAAUGAGAAAGAGGUGAGGAAGACUAGAUUAAAGAGA